CGAAAAAAAAGUUCGUAUAUGCAUUAUCCCCAACGCCUUUGAAAAUGUCAAGAUCUUCAAUGCACAUUCCACAUGCCCUUAUUCUCGAACACAAAAUUUUGGCGUAAAGGUUUGUUGCAUAUUCUCCCGCUUCGACCCCAACAUAAACUCGGGCUCAGAGAAGACGUGAAUGGGGAAAUUGCAAACCAUUUAAAAGGAGAGUAUAUGAAAUUUGAAAUUAUAGUUGCUUAUUUUUUACCAGGCAUAUACUAACAAAAACUCUUAUAUCUUAAAUUAGUAAAUUAUGUCUAGCUCAUCAGCCGAAAUUUUCGCUCCAUUAUACAACUUUUUAAAAACCUCUUCCUUGGAUAAAAUAACCACUUCUAGCGUAAUUACCCAACAAUGGAAUUGUUUCAAAAUCCAAUCGGAAAACGAAGAUUUCGAUUGUCUUAUGAAAAUAUUAAAGGAUAUGGAAAAUGAGAUCAAUGAUGAUAAGCGUAAACAGCAUCUUAAAUCGUUGCAGAAUAUUAACCAAAUGCGAUUCGUUAGAAACGAGCUAAUUUCAUUAAAAGAUAUGGGGUUCUUACGAGGAAAAUUCGAAGAAGAAGUAAAUUGGAAAACUUUAGCCUUAAAUAAUAUAACGCUUUUGAAAGAUAAAAUUAAGAAAAAAGAUACACCAGCGCACAAACAUAUUCUUACGACAAUAAGUAAUAUUGAUAUUAAUAAAAUAUCAAACGAUGAUCCGUUGUGUAUUGGAGUAAUAGACCUUAGUUCAGAAAAAUAUAAUAUACCAGAAAGUAAUUACGAAUCCCUUGUUGGAGAGAAGGCUAAUAUAAGAAACUUAAGCAAAGAUGCGGGAGUAAAGAAAAUAUGUAACGAAUUUAUAUCAAAGAGAAAUGAAGUUCAUAAAUUACGAAAAUUUGUGUUGCCUUCGAGAGACAUUGUAACGCAUGAUCAAUGGAUUGAAGAUGAUCAUAUCAAGGAACGUAUAGCUGGUGGGAUUACUGAUAUUCUUUUACAGGAGAUUAAGUUGAACGCACUUCAAAGAGUUUCUGGAGGAUCUGAAAAUACGUUAGUAGAAAUCAUUGCUCGCUUAAUAGACAUGGCUAUGUAUCAUUUACCUGUAGACUACGAGGUUGAAGUUACUAGGGCUGAGCGUCAAAGUAAAGCCAGCAAAAACCGCAAAGUUCAGCAAAAAACUGGAUCAAGAGGAGAUAAACCUGAUCUCAUGUUCCGUGCUUAUCUUCGUCAAAAGUGGGAGGAAAUCGUUUUCUUUGAAAGUGGAAAAUGGGAUACCGAUGAGGAUAAAAUCUGCCAUGACCAUAAUAAAUUAGUUCAACUCUGUUUGGAUGGCACUAAAGAACUUGUAAAGAAAUGCACGAAAGAAACAUUCUAUCGAAAUUAUAUAGGAUUCGGGAUUAAUAUUGCAGGUAAGUAUCUGGAGAUCCAUGGUUUAAUAAUGGAAAAAGAGGUAAAAUACCACCUUCCAGUCAUUAAAGCAAAAAUACCCCUUGAUAAAGAGUCAGUUGAGGAAAUCGAAGAGUUCGUUCAUGCUCUAUUAGUUUUGCGAAAUGGGGUUAUCGUAAAUUUACAGAGUAUUGUAAAUAGUUUUCAAAAAAGAUCAAGGAAGACGAGUGAUAUAAGUCCUCCUCCACGUGAAGCUGGAAGAUUAAGCAAGAAAAAUAGUGCGAAUUUCUAAAAACAUUUCUUUAGAUUAGCUAUGCUAACAUAACAUAUUUGUAUUUUAUUUUUCCUAUAUCAAUAAAGUGCCCUGGUGGCCGAUUAUUUUUACAUAUUCUCUGUAUU